AUGGCUGUCCUUGACGACUGCCCCGGUCUUGUAUUGGACAUACUUGUUGAUAAUGUGUCGCUACCCGAAUAUCAAGACAACCCCCAGCCAAUAGCCUCAGGGACAAUAGCAAAAUUCGUCGAAGCAGAGUCAGGAAAAGAGUUUGAAGUCAGGUAUACGUUCACUGAACCUCCUUCAUCGUAUGAAGGCACUCUGUGUGAAAUGCAGCUAGGCAACAACAGCUACGUUGCGCGUCAUAUCCUGAACAACCCAAACUGGAAACGCCUCUGGAGAGCAUUGUCAACCGUAGAUUCGACGCGGUUCACGCAAAGUUUUUACUUCAAGGACCUCACAACCCCUGGUAGUUCCCCACCUACUAGUGACAGUAUCGAGGAAGAGGCCGUGAUCAACGUUACCGUUGACGGUGUCAAUGGGGGAAGGAAGUAUUCAGAAUCGUGA